AUGGCUUCAGCACAAGGCUUUUCCCUCUUUCCUACGACCGUGCCCAAGAUCGCCAUUCCGAACCCGCACAAGAAGAACCCAAGCUUGCAUAGAAUCAGCAUUGUCGCUUCGCCAGAGAGUGUUGUCUCGAAUGCCGAAUCGGUCGUGAUCAAGAUGGAGCAAGAACAGCCUCCCCUGCCUCGACUUCCGGCGCACCUGGAUGAGCGAAGAGACUCGUCUCCCUCGCCAGAAGACAUUGGACGAGCAAUCACCACCAGUUCUCCCAUUGACGGCAAGACUCCCACACAGCCGUUCGCCCCUUCGACGGAUCUGGCAAAAUAUACACCUUCCUUGUAUCAGUCUCCCCAAAUAGACCACUCAUCGCCGCAGGCCUCCUUUUCUCUAGGCACUGGAUCAUCAACGACACUAGUCCAGGUCCAAACGCAGACCCAAACCCAGACUAAGACACAGAUAGCCGUCUCCAUCAAGUCUCCAAUCGAUCCAUCGCCAAUCGUGCCUAUCAGGUCCAUGUUCCCUACCUACAACCCGUCUGUGCCAUUGACGAAACAACCCUACAUUCCCCAACGCCCAAUUCCGGCUCACCUGUCUGGCAUCACUCCCUUUGGUGCUUUCUCUCGGGAUGAUUAUCGGACCAGUCUGUCUCUCCCAUUCGCAGCUUCGGUCCAGAGAUCAGCACCACCGAGCAUCAUCAAUUUUCCUUCCGACGUCAUGAGUGUAAACUACGGACCUCGUAUUUCAACACAGCGUGAUCUCGAGAAGUUAUGGGAAGCAUCACAUGGGACGGAACCGGAUGCGGCCAUCAAAUCCUUCACGCUUGAACUGGCAAGAACAGAAGAAGCAACGUUUGUUUUUGGUUCUCACCCCUCUUUACCGUUCUAUACCCUUCAAACAUACGACACGAAUGAGAUCGCGGUAACCAAAACCUGCUCACGAAAAGCCACCUCUACGCGGGAUGUUGUCUUGUGUCCCUUGGAGCCACCUUCCCGGCGUCAAUCUCCCAACGAUGGUCUCGUUGCCUUCAUCUUCCCCAAACUCGCAGCUAUGCUUGCCAUCAAUCAAUCUGCAGCUCUGGCUCGCGAGCAUAACCUCGCCCCAACAGAUCGUGACGACAUAGAAGCUCAGGCUGUUCGUAGAGCUGCGAAACAAGAAGCUUGCUCUUUGCGUUUCAAUGCUCAUGGCGGCUUCUACGAACUCGAACAUCCUGCCAUCGGUCGCGGGUCAAUGGGCGGAGAAUUUGCGACGAAUACCCCAACCCCUGUUUCUCCGACCACCGUCCGCAGCAUGACCGGCAAACCUGUUCUGCACAUUUCAGUGUCGCUCGAAAGUUCGCUUCCAACAAUAUAUGUUGUGGACCCGAACGCUGCCCAACGUACCGGAGCGGGAACUCCGCUAGCCUCUGCCAAUUCUGGAAUCAGAAGACUUUCCACGAUGCCUCAGGUUGACUCUAAUGCAGCAGUGACAGCGAGCUCAGACAAUCCUGCUCUGGCAACGCUUGAUCUUACGGCACAGACAUUAUUCAUCGACGCAAACGGCAUUCUAGAGCUUAUGCCGUCGCUAUUUAGCAUAGACAGUGUUAUCAGUGCUCUCCUUGCAGUUGCAGUGGGCGACUCCACGGUGAACCCGGCCAUGGCCGGCAUGGAAAUAUGGAAGCCCCGCCCAGCUCCUUCAACACGACUGGGGCCGAGCCACAGGAGCCACAGCAUGCGUACUACCCGAGCUGGUAGUGUCAAGAGUUAUGCAGGAAGCACAUUCUAUGCCACCAUUGCCGAGCGCGAGGAGGCAGAGGAAGAAGCAAAACUGAUGCGCCGGGAGCAUGAGAGUGAUGUUCGUGCUGGUGGUCGACCGGCGACAAAAGGGCGAUCAUGGUUUGGGCGAAUGCCAGGAAGUGUUUCACAUGAUGAUGAAGCCGACGCUGGCGAAAAGAGGACUUCAGGAAAGAGUAAGAAAGGAAAAAAGAACAACAAGAAAAGGGUUACAAUGGCGGAAUUCGAUCUCGAGAAACUAGGUCACUACCAAUCUGGAGAUCGCAAGGGCGAAGAACUUCCUGUACUUACACGUUCGACUCUGAGUUUUCUCAUAACGGGGCUCAAGUUGCUGGUAUGGGUUUUGACGACAAUUGUUCAAUUGCUUGCGUGGAUCUUGGUCAAUGUAUCGAGAGCUGUUACGAGUGAGAAAUUUUAG